CGUCAUAAAAAUGGCUGACUUCCUCUCGAAACACCAUUUUGUUCCGGUUGGCCAAAAUUGUCAUGCAAAAAAAUCACUAGACACCGGUUUUUGGAACUCUUCUUAUAAAUAGAUCUGAAUCACUAAAGCGUUUUGUUGAUAUGAUAUAAAUAUAAAUGAUCACGAAAACGCGGAUCAACAUUGACAAUCAGCUGUUCGUUUGCACGGGGAAUCGCGACAUGGAAUUGGGAGAUCUUCCAACACCUCUACAAUUCAUAUCGUGUGUAGAACAUGAUCAUACUUAUAUGAAUGAAGGUCGUGAAGUCAGUAGUCUUUUCCCCAAGAAAAGAAAGGAACCACCCACUUCUGCAGAGGAUAGUAGUGCUUUUCAUGACCAUCCAUAUGUGUCCAUGAACAGCUCUUCUAUACAGAAACAAAACUUGAAAAAUGCAGAAGGCACUGAUGAUGAUGAUGAGGAGGAGGAGGAGGAGGAGGAGGAAGAGGAGGAAAAGGAUAGUGAUGUUGAUGGUGAGGGUGAUGAUGAUAGAUCAAGUGAAGCUGGAAAGAAUGGGGCAAACUUUCAUGAACUACAAGGACGCCACAUUAUAGAGAUAAAUUUUUUAGUUAAGGAGCUAAUGAAAGGAUGCCAUUAUUGCUGUAAACCCUUGAAUCUGUCUGCUUGUAUAAGAGAUAGCAGAUAUGGACUAGGUAGUCUACUUCACAUUAAGUGUGAGAACUGCAAAAAGGUGAGCCUGGUUCCAACAGGGAAAAGACAUGGUCCAAAUGCUUGGGAUGUAAAUUCCAAGUUAGGUGCAGCAAUGCUUUUUUGUGGCAUUGGGGAAACUGCAAUAAAUGCUUUGCUUGCUGCACUUAAUUUACCAUCUGUUACCCCAACAACAUUAAAAAGGAGAGAAAGAGAGGCAGGGGUGGCUUUUGAGGCAGUUGCAGAUGCAACAUGCCAGAAUGCAAUAUUAAAUGAAAAGAACAGCUGUGAAGUAACAGAUAGUGAGGAGGCUGUUUCUUUUGAUGCUGGUUGGCAGACUCGAGGAAGUGGUAGAAACUAUGCCAGUCUUUCAGGUCAUGGAAGUAUGAUAGGCGUGAACACAGGCAAAGUGUUGGCAUAUUCCUUUCGCAGUAAGAAAUGUCGAUUUUGUGACAGAGCGAAAGAGGGUGAUAUAAAAGAACAUGACUGUAGAAAGAAUUGGGACAAGUCGUCAAAAGCUAUGGAAUCAGAUAUGGCAAUAGAGAUGCUGCAAGAUAUGAAAAACAAAGGAUUCCAUGUAAAGAAAUUAAUUAUGGAUAAUGAUUCAACCACAAUUUCAAGAGCAAAAUUAACAUUUGAUGAAGAUCUGGAGAAACACUCUGAUUUCAACCACACCAAAAAGAAUUUUACCAACAAGUUAUUCGAAUUAAGAAAGGAAAAGAAAUAUGCUGCAUUGGGGCCCAAAACAAUUAAACACCUGACAAAAUGUUUUGCAUAUGCCGUCAAAAGUGCAACAGACAAAACUUCAUUAACAACAAAUCUUAGCGCUAUACCUUUACAUGUUUUUGGAAAUCAUUCCCAAUGUGGAGACUGGUGUAGGUAUGUAGAAUAUAUAUUAUUGAAUUACAUUAAGGUACAUUAAAGUGAUUGUUGAAUAUCAACAAGUUAUACUCUCAUUAUCAAUCAGGUAAUCUAUUCGAAUAUAUGCUCUUUACACUAUAAUAUUAUAUACUAUAUUUUAGGUCUUUAAAACAACCAGAAUCAUACAAACCCAGAAACCUACCCUACGGGAAGUAUUUGACAGGGGAGGGUCUUCUUCAAGAUCUUCAGAAAGUUUUUCAGACAUUUUCUAAUAAUGUUGAUAAACUUUUGAAGAUUGGUAGCACUCAAGCAAAUGAGAGCUUUAAUCACAUGGUAGCCUGCAAAAAUCCCAAAUCUCGGUUUUAUGCUGGAUCAGAAUCUACUGCAUUUAGAGUGGCAGUUGCUGUAGCCCAGAAAAAUAUUGGUCAGGAGACUCUGUCUAAGGUUUAUGACAACUUAUUGCUGUCACCUGGAAAGAACACCAUAAAAUAUAACACGAAAGUAGAAAAAAAAACGAGAAUACAACAAAGCCAGUAAAGAAACCACUACAUAUAAGAAACGUCGACAGGAACUGAAAUCUACAAUGACAAAAGAUGUGUCGACUGCAGAAAUUAAGGAAGGUGCUACCUAUCAGUCUGGUGUUGAUUUAAUCGACAACAACCAAAGCACGGAGGAGAUUCCAGACGUGAUGAUACCGCCAAAACCCAGAGUGGUAAACAACAAUGACCAAAAAAACACCUUUCUUUAUUUUCACUUGGAAACAACUGGCUUGGGUACAUCAUGUCAAAUUAUUCAGAUGGCAUGUAUGGUUGGAGAGGAAACAUUUAACAGGUGUAUACGAAUUUUUUACAAAUAAAGGUAAAGAAAAUAAAGUAAGUAUGAGCACAUCUCUUAAACAGGAACAAGGUAAAUAGAUUUGUGUAUUGUAUAUAUUUAUGUGGAGUCUCUGAUUAUUUUAUUACUAAAAGUCUUUCUGUAUAAUUAUAUUUUCUGUGUUAAUGAAUGUCCUUUGUUUUUGUGACAGUGUGUUAAUUGUUUGUCUUGUUUGUGCUGGGUUUAUGUAUGUCCUGCUUUUGUUCAUUGCUUUUAAUGGGUUUUUUUUUAAUUUCUGUGACACUUGUACAUAUAUCGUUUAUACUAUAGCUUAUAGUUUUAGUUACUGCUUCUCUAUUCAAUACAAGUAUUGAGUGUUUUAUAGAUUCAAGUACUCUAGUUUCUGCUUUCAUAUCCAUAUUGUUUUGAAAAAUGAGUCUCAAAUUACUUCAAUUUUGAUUUAUAACUGUAAACAAUAAUUUAAUAUCUAGAUUUCAUUACUUAGAGAUUUAUUCUUCUAAAUUGAAUGCAUGCUAUUUCGGUCCGGUCAAAAUUAUGAAAGAUAACUCUUGCAAUAAGACUUUUAUUCUAGGAUUUUUGAAAAAUAUCAUUAAAAAUUUGGAUUUUUCAAUUUCAUUCAAUUUCUUUUCAUUAUGCAUCUAUCUAAUGUCUGUACUUUUUAUUUGUAGAUUUUUGUGGGGAUUCAUCCAGUGAUUUUCAUAAUAAUUCUUUCUUUAUCUGAAUUGUACAUUUUUUUUACAGAUA